AUGACCAUUGAUAACCUUCUUAGGGGCCUCAAUGCUUCACAAAAAGCCGCCGUCUCAUCACAAGCAGAUACCCUCGCUAUAUUGGCAGGACCAGGAAGUGGGAAAACACACACUUUAACGUCGCGAACGGCUUGGUUAUUGCAACAAGGAUUGCAACCAUGUAAUAUAAUUGUGGCAACUUUUACGGUCAAGGCAGCUCGAGAGAUGAAAGAAAGGAUUGGGAAGUUGAUAGGAAAUGGAUUGGAAUCAAAGUUAAUACUGGAACGUUUCAUCGGAUUGCGCGAAUAUACCUGGCACAAUACGGGCAUUUGA